ACAGCGGUGCCAUGGGGUCGCGGAGGGCCGAGGGCCGGGGCUGGGGCCUGGGUGGACGGGCAGGGGCCGGUGGCGAUGGCGAGGACAAUGGGCCGGUGUGGACGCCUGGCCCAGCCAGUCGCAGCUACCUGCUCAGUGUGCGGCCGGAGACUAGGAGCACCUUCUGUUCCAUCAUUGCUCAGCUCACAGAGGAGACCCAGCCACUCUUUGAGACCACGCUCAAGUCCCGGGCUGUGUCUGAAGACAGUGAUGUCAGGUUCACCUGCAUUGUCACAGGAUACCCAGAGCCAGAGGUGACCUGGUACAAGGAUGACAUAGAAUUGGACCGUUACUGUGGCUUGCCAAAAUAUGAGAUCACUCAUCAGGGCAACCGUCACACCCUGCAGCUGUACAGGUGUCGGGAAGAAGAUGCUGCCAUCUACCAGGCCUCUGCCCGGAACACCAAGGGCAUCGUGUCCUGCUCGGGGGUCCUAGAGGUGGGCACUAUGACUGAGUACAAGAUUCACCAGCGCUGGUUCGCCAAGUUGAAGCGCAAGGCUGCAGCCAAGAUGCGGGAGAUUGAGCAGAGCUGGAAGCAUGGGAGGGAGGCAUCAGUGGAGGCUGACACCCUUCGCAAGAUCAGCCCUGACCGCUUCCAGAGAAAGCGUCGACUGAGCGGAGCCGAGGAGGCAGUCCCCUCGGCUCCAGUCGGGGAAAUGGAGGAGGGGUCCUCAGCGGCUUGGCAAGAAGGAGAGACGGAGUCUACUCAGCACCCAGGUUUGGGUCUGAUCAACAGUUUUGCUCCUGGAGAGGCACCCACCAAUGGGGAGCCUGCCCCAGAGAAUGGGGAAGAUGGAGAGCAUGGCUUGCUGACGUACAUCUGCGAGGUCAUGGAGCUGGGGCCUCACAACACCCCUCCCAAGGAGUCUGGGGCUAAGAAGAAAAGGAAAGACGAAGAAUCCAAACCGGGUGGGCAGAAGCCAGAGUUAGAAAAGGCAGAUGGUAGCCGGUGCUCUUCAGAAAAUGGUGUCCCCAGUUCAGACAAAGCCAGUUCCAGCAGAAGAGAGAAGAAGAAGCCCAUGGAUGCGCAGCCAGCUCAGACCCAGCCCAGAGGCAGGCUAGCGCGGGGGCCUGGGCCUUCUGGAGUAGAAAGCACCAGGAAGACGGCCUCUGUUGUGGGCAUUCAAGACAAGGUCCAGGACACCCCAGCCCCUGCCCCAGCCUCCGUCCCAGCCCCUGUCCCAGCCAUGGCCCCGGCUCCCACCCCUGUCGCAAGCCACAGCUCAGAACAGGUGUAUUUCUCCCUGAAGGACAUGUACAUGGAGAGCACCCAGGCGGGCAGGCCCCAGGGAGAGGAAAUGCCUCCACCUCCAAGUACCGGAGUACCUGGAGAAAGGCCCUCAGGGAAGGUACCUGUCGAGGCUAGAGGUGAGAAGGUACCCACGAUCCCCGGCAAGCCAGCACCGUCCAUGGUUCCCCCGCCCAUCAAACCUUUGAACAGGAAGAGAUUUGCUCCUCCUAAACCCAAAGUGGAGCCUGUUACCAUCUCUCCCUCAAGUCAGGCUCCGGAAUCUGUGUCUCAGACCUUAGGGAAGGCCCUACCUCCAGCCUCUGCCCAGGUCCCUACACCCCCUGCCCGACGGAGACACAGCACCCGAGACAGCCCCUCGCAAGGGCAAGCAAGCCACAAGACUCCAGGAGAGGCUCUGGAGUCCCAAGCCAUGUCUGGCAGCAGCAGCUCUGAGACCAUCCCUGUGGAUCACAGCACCUCUGGAAAGCAAGGCACGAUGGAGCCCAUGGAUACGGAAACUCAGGAGGAUGGGAGGGUUCUUGCUGGUGGGAGAACUGGAGGCAGGAGGAAAGCACAGACGGAUGGAAAGCCGCAAGUGGACGGAAGGACUCCGGGAGACGAGGCUCAGGCUCCCCAGAGGGCACAGGCAGACGAGAAGGCACAGAUGGACGUUAGGACGCGAGGAAGCGAGAGGCCGCACUCAGACAGGAGUUCACAGAAGGGCUUGGCGACGGAGAGAAGGGCGGAUACCCAGGUAGUAGGACAGACACAGGCAGACGAGAGGUUGCAGCAAGACCUGAGAGAUGCAAGGAUGCAGGAAGAAAAGGAGGCGCAGUCAGUGGGCAGCGUCCCCACAGCUUCCAAAACCCAGUCAAGGCAGCCAUCCGCGGCCAGCCUCAGCUCACCACCCGGGACCCUCAGACUCUCACCGGCAGAAUGCCUUAGAGCUCCUCAGGUUAUGGAGUGUUUUGAGAAGAACCCGGAAGCAUCUUGUGUCCAGGAAAAAUCCGAUUUCAUGCUUAGGUCUGAGGACACUGCACUAGGCCCCCUGUCAGGGAACCACACGGGUCCAGUACAGCUGCCUCCGGAGGGCAACUCAGAGCAGCUGGGAAGAGAAACACAUCAAAGGCCAGAGUGGUCAGGUCUGGGCAAGGCCAACCAAGAGGACAGCCUGGCUCAGCGCCCCCAGAACGAGCAGCCCGAGGAAACACAGUACGUGGCUCUCCCCGGUGGGCGCUCAGCUGGCUUGAGUCAGGAGGUGGCCGCCAUGCCUUCUUUUCCCGGAACUGGCCUGGCCGGCACCACGGCUUGUCAGCAAGUUAGCACAGAAGACCCCCUCCCCUCCGGGGGCCGGGACGUGCUGAGUUCUGCUCCCAGUCUGCAGCUGGCACCAGGGUCCCCCACCCAGGGUCACCCCGCAGAAGCCAUGGCUACCAACAGUGAGGGAGCCUGUGCCAAGGAGCCAAAUGUGGAGGGGAGGUCCUCAGGUGCCCGGAGCUGUGACCCUGGCCUCAUAGACUCCCUGAAGAACUACUUGCUUCUGUUGCUCAAGCUAUCCAGCCCAGAGACAAAUGAAGCCAGGGCAGAGUCCCAGGAAGUGGCUGCCUCUGGAGGCCUAGCUUCCUCCCCUACCCUGGGCCCUACCAUGGAAGUGGCUGGGCUGAGUCCCAGGACGUCGAGGCGCAUCCUAGAACGCGUGGAGAACAAUCACUUGGUGGAAAGUGCACAGACCCUGUUGCUGAGCCCCUGCACCUCCCGACGCCUUACCGGCCUCCUGGACCGUGAGGUACAGGCUGGCCAGCAGGCCCUGGCUGCUGCAGCCCGGUGCUCCCGGGGCCCAUGCCCCAGCCCCCUCACCAUCCCCGCCAUCGUGGUGGGUGAGGAAGGAUCUGGCACUAGUGAGGGAGAGGAUUCCAGGGAGAGGACCACCCAGGAAACUGACAAGGUGGAUGCGCAAACAAUGGAGGGCAGACCCCAGGAGCCCUGCCAAGACGAAGCGGCCCCAGGGGAGGCUUUGACAGGUCUCCCUGCGGCCACACCUGAGGAACUGGCUCUAGGGGCCCGGAGGAAGAGGUUCCUCCCUAAGGUCAGAGCGGCGUCAGAUGGAGAGGCGAACAAGACUGAAGAAAGGGAGAGCCCCACAGUCUCCCCCCGGGGACCCAGGAAGGGCCUGGCACCCGGGUCCCCAGGGACUCCAGAGUGGGAGAGACGUUCCCCUACCCAGGCCCGAAAGACCAGCAUGUUAGAGGUGCCCGGGACAGAGGACGAGCCUGCAACAGGAGACCUGGGCUCCAGACCCAAUGCCAGUGGGCUGGACUCAGAGCCUGCCUCGAAUGAAGGCAAGCAGGAAGCUCUGGCCAAGCCAAGGAAAGCCAAAGACCUGCUAAAAGCCCCACAGGUUAUCCGGAAAAUUCGGGUGGAGCAGUUUCCAGAUUCUUCUGGCAGUCUGAAGCUCUGGUGCCAGUUUUUCAACAUUGUUAGUGACUCAGUCUUGACGUGGGUGAAGGAUCAGCAGCCAGUGGGCGAGGUGAGCAGGAGUGCAGGGGACGAGGGGCCGGCAGCCUUGGCCAUCGUGCAGGCAUCUCCCGUAGACUGUGGUGUGUAUCGCUGUACCAUCCAGAACGAGCAUGGCUCAGCCUCCACUGACUUCUGCCUCAGCCCGGAGGUGUUGUCUGGCUUCGUCUCCAGAGAGGAAGGGGAAGUUGGAGAAGAGAUUGAGAUGACCCCCAUGGUGUUUGCUAAGGGUCUGGCUGACUCUGGCUGCUGGGGGGACAAGCUUUUUGGGCGAUUGGUGAGCGAGGAGCUGCGAGGGGGUGGACACGGCCUUCAGAAGGCUUCCCAGGCCAAGGUCAUCUACGGGCUGGAACCCAUCUUCGAAUCCGGCCGCACGUGUGUCAUCAAGGUAUCCAGCCUGCUUGUGUUUGGACCCAGCAGUGAGACUUCUCUUCUGGGCAGAAACUAUGACAUCACUAUCCAGGGAUGCAAGAUCCAGAACAUGAGUCGAGAGUACUGCAAAAUCUUUGCCGCUGAAGCUCGGGCAGCCUCUGGCUUCGGGGAGGUGCCUGAGAUCAUCCCACUGUAUUUGAUCUACCGGCCUGCAAACACCAUACCAUACGCCACCCUGGAGGAAGACCUGGGCAAGCCCCUGCAGUCUUACUGCUCCCGGCAAUGGGGCUGUGCUGGUGCCCCGGCAACACCGAGCAGCUCCGAGGCCAUGCAGAAAUGCCAGACCUUCCAGCACUGGCUGUAUCAGUGGACAAAUGGCAGCUUCCUCGUCACAGAUUUAGCAGGGGCUGACUGGAAGAUGACUGAUGUACAGAUUGCUACCAAACUCCGAGGAUAUCAAGGCCUCAAGGAGAGCUGUUUCCCUGCCCUGCUGGACCAGUUUGCCUCUUCCCACCAGUGCAACACCUACUGUGAGAUGCUGGGGCUGAAACCCCUCAGGGGCCCUGAGGCUGCCCACCCUGCAGCCAAGGCCAAAGGCUCCAAGAGUCCAUCUGCCGGCAGGAAAGGCUCCCAGCUGAGUCCCCAGCCCCAGAAGAAAGGCCUUCCCAGUCCCCAGGGCACACGGAAGAGUGCUCCAAGCUCCAAGGCCACACCUCAGGCCUCCCAGGCAGUCACUGUUCAGUUAUUGGGACAGCCCCCUGCCCAAGAGGGAAGCUCUAAGGCCCAGGGCAUGCGGUAGCCCCAACAGGAGGCUGGGGGCCUCUAUCCAAGAGUAGACCAACCAGGAAGCAGCUUGAAUCAGAUGGAGACGUUUUCAAUUCAGGACUAACCAGAGUAGGUGCCCAAAGGAGGCACCUCUUGGGGACCUCUCUGAGUAGUUUCACCUCACUGGAAGGCUCUGGGCAUGGUACAUGACCUGUUGGCCUCUCCUAGCGUCAUUGUCACCCAGGGCUCCCAGGCCUCAAGUGGGGCCCACCUCCAAGUGCCUGGUGGCCUAGGCCCUCAUUGAAGUUUACACUUGCCACUGCCGGAGGCUCCUCUGCAUGAGUCCUCUGCAUGAGUUCUGCACUCUGACCUCUUUCCCCAGCCACUACACGAGCGAAUGCUGCACGCUGGGGCCUGCGGGCCCGCGUUUACCUUCUCACCCCUGCUUCUCCUGGCUCUCCCACUGUCCUCAGGCCACUAGACUUCCUGUGGGGUCUAGCCUGGUGACUCUCAGGGUUUUCAUCUCCUUUCAGCUUCUUUGCCUCAUUCAUCAGAGCCACUAACCUGUCCUCAGUCCAGAUGGGACCCAGGGCCCUCCUGGAGCACAUCGUGUCUUUGAGCAGUGUUUUGUUGUUGUUGUUGUUGUUUGAUGAUGCCUGGUCUUGUCACUCUGACACUUCCUUGUUUCCCAUGCUUCCUUGCGCACACUCACAUCCCAGACUUUGAAUCCGACUUCGUCCACUGCCUGCCCUCCACUAGCUUUUGCGUAUCCCUUUGUCCAAGGACCCCUUCCAUCUUGAUGGUGAAGCCUACCCUCUUAUGUCUGGGUGAGGAACAGCCUCUCUAGCAUCACUCCACCCGACCGUCCCCUCCCCUGGUUCUCUCAGGUUCUUUGCUCACGAGGAGGGAGGUGGCAUGAGGACCUGCGAACCGCUGUGGGCAGAGGGACAGCCUUGACUUGGAGAGGCCUUGUGCUCUGUUCUGAAAGGAGUGGGGUUGCAGCAAAUAGCACAUCUCCAUCCUGAAGGAGUGGAGGACUGGGACUCUUCGUCAUGAGGGCGGGGGACCCAGGGUGUGCCGGAGGGUUGCGAUGCGUUCGUGAGCUUGGGUGAAGAAGGACGCUCCUGUGCCUACCUCCAGCCGUUUGCUCUUGAUCCUGGGGCUCAGCCCCAGAUGCUCAGAUGCAGGUUCCCAGGAGAUUUCUGUGCUGGGUCCAGCACCCUGGGUCCUUCCUAGACACCCCUCCUUCAGACCUGGGAUGGGUAGGUCUGGAGCUAGCCUGCUCCCCUUGUUACGCAAUAAAGGCAGCAAACCGUGUGUCCUGUUUGUUGCCCUCACCUGGUGUGAUUAUCGGUUAAGAAAGGUCAAGCAGGCUCUCUGUAGUCCCUGGGCCUGGGGCAAAAUGGAUCUCAUUUUGAUUCCUGUCUCAGUUGUCUGUGGCCACAGCUGGGUAGUCAGUGCUAUAGUGCGACUGAGCUGACAGCUCCUGCCCUGCAGCGGGCUGUCUGGGAACUCAAUCCCUUUGGAAUUGAGCCCUCAACUUGCCAAAGAGACCCAAGAGGGAAGAGCAGAGCUAGGGGCUCAGCAGAAACUCCCUCAUCUCUGCCGCAGCCACAACAGUAAGAGGAGCCCAGCAGCACGGCCUCUGCCUUUCCUCCUCCUCAGCAAGUGCUCAUGGCCUGCUCCAUUCUACCCUGCCCUGCCCAGGGCCUUGCCUUGACUGACAGGCCCCCCUCCCUUAGAUUACGUGCAACUUCUCUACCUCCUCUCUGCUCAGGCGACUCCCCACUUUUUCUUCUUGUCUCACCCCCCAAUUCUUCCAGCCUGCAUAUCGGCAUAUCCAGUGAAAGCUGAGCCAUUGCUCAUGCGUUCAUUUAUUCAGCCAGCAUGUACUAAGCGCCUACCGUAUGCUAGAGCCCACACUGGCAGCUUUUGAAAGGCAAUGUGCAUCAGUCAGGGAGAGAAUGUGUAUCUUCGAGGAUGUGGAUUUUAGGCAACAGAAAUUAUAACUUGGACCAACUUAAUCAAGAAAAUGGUUUCAUGAGAAGGAUGUUAGGGUAGCUCACUCAGAGAACCCAAAGAAUAGUUGAACAGUUAGCCUUGGGAAAGCAGCUCCCAGUAGCUGUUGCCAUUACUCCCAGCAGGCCCUCCACCAAAAUUCAAAUGCCAGCCAAGACCGUCUGGCCUGGGGCUCAGGGACUCAUGCCGUGUGAGAGAGGCAGUAUCCCAACAGCUGGGGAUUACUUUUGAAACAGCGUCUCAAACAUCCCGGCCUAACUUCAGACUCAUGGUAUGUAAUAGUGGAGAGGCUGCUCUGAGCUCCUGAUCCCCUUCCCCCAGCCCCGGAGCACAAGGACCAUGGCUUUUCCCAGAGGAAUGGAGAAUAGAAGGACAGGAAGGAUUUGGUGGGCAAAGCUGAGAGAUACACCCUGAUACAGACACAGCAUUUCUUCAAAUGUGUUCUGUUUAGACUCCCGCAUCGGCCCAAAUCAAAUUCCCUGCUACAUAGCCAAUACCCAACUGCUAAGUCUAAGGGUAAUGAAGCAGCUGCCAAGUGCCAAAGGCAAGUGCCACUAGCUAUGGCUUUUCAGUUUCAUCAUGACCCCACCUUGAAAUUCUGGACUCUGUGAUCUAACUGGUAAGGCCAACUGAAUUCAACCAAAAUUAUAGAACCUUCUGGAUUUUGGCCUCUUGGGCUCAGUUCUCAAGUCUGGCCCCUCAGGAGUCUUGCCUGUGUGACACGGCGGUGUAGAAGCACUCCAGGAAUCCGCAGCUUCGUCUCUAGCCAUACCCUGUGUGAUGUGGCAAGUUUACUUUCCCGUAUAGAGUUCCUGCUGGCUGUGUCCAUAGCCUCUUUUCACUCAUUGCUCAGGGUAUAAGGACCCUGAAUGGC